AUGGCACAACAUAUCGCGUCCUCGGCCGCCGUCUGUAUCGGGGCGCAACUUGAAGGCGCCGUGACGGUCGGAGAACAGAGCGCGUUGCACCCAGGCGCCACUGUAUGUGCUAACGAAGGCUCGAUCGUCCUGGGCGAGCGCUGCUUCGUGGAAGACGGCGCUGUGCUGAUGAAUAACGCGCCGUCGGAGAUGCUCAUCGGCAGUGGCAACUUGUUUGAGAGCGGCUGUGUAGUGCACAGCCGACGCGUGGGACACAACAAUUGGUUCGAGCCCAAAUCUGAGGCUCGAGACGGCUCUGUCAUUGGCAGUAAUUGCCUCAUUGGCAGCGGCGUCGUCGUGGCUUCAGGUGAGUGCGUGCCAGACGAUACGAUCCUCGUAGCCAUUCAGAUGCCGUGCGGUGAUGUGCGACGUGUGACGAGAAUGCAACGGUCGUACUUAAGUGAAACACAAGCAGCUUUGGUUCAAAAGUACGCCGAGAUUUUCCCUCGAGGUUCGAAGAGUGUCUACGCACUCGAGAAACAUCAUGAAUUGCGGCAAUAG